AUGCCGAAGGGUGAAGGCCGCACCGCGAUAUAUAAGGCCUCCGCCGCGGCCGACAUCCCAUCAGUUCCAGCUGGUGCCUUCCACGCCUUCGAACUCCGGCGGUCAUCUCAACUCGAAGCAGAUUUUGAGGCCAACAUGGAAAACACCCGGCUGAUUCUGGUCGCAAUGCUGAUCCUCGUCGCGCUGCGGGAAAGCGUCGGCGCCGACGCCUGCGACGAAGGGAGCGACGCCUGCGCCGCCUCGUGCAAGAGUCGCGGCUGCGAAUCCGGCGACUGCGACGUCGGCGUCUGCAAGUGCAGUCAGUGCAAGGCUGGGUGGUGCAGAAGUUGCUGCAACUGCUGCGGUUGGGGUCCGUCGACGUGCGGGACGCAUGUGAAGCACUAUCGUGAACCGGCGAAGGGACUGAUGCCAGCAGUGGCCGAGAACGCCCGCACUCUCGUUGGUGAUUGGGAGCACUUCGUUUGGGGAGGCAUGCAGAACGAUGCUAUUCUCAUGUCGGCGGGGAAUUUCUCCGACACCCCUUGGAGCAAAUACUUCAUCAAAGACAUCGAGUUCUCCAGCUCAGUAUCCUAA